GCGAGAAGUGCUGUGCUGCCCUCCCUUGUCUCUGAUUUGCACCAUUAGCAGUGUUUUGUAGUCAGAUGACAAACUUGCACAGGCUCAAAAACUAACAGGGUAAUUCACACACAACCCAAAGAAGGUGGUUAAUGUUCAGGUGGGUUGGUAACCUGGAUCAUGACCUACCUUGAAGCUGGGUUGUUUGAAUGCUAACAGUGUCACACAGGAGGGUGGGAGAGUCACCUAGCUGGGAGGUAGGGUGGGUCUGCUGUAGACCUAAUGUAAAUUUACUUAAGGUGCUGCAGAGUUAUUUGUGGUCUUGCACUUGCUUUUAUACUUGAACUCUUACACUGUACUAAAACUGAUUCUGCACUCAGACUUGCACAAAGGAUGUGCCUUACUGUUAUCUGUUGUGUGCCACAACCUUAAUCUUCAGUGAAUAUGUACCUCAACAGUAUGCUCAGGCCUCUCAACUGUUGUACCCCUGUGACCUCUGCAAGCAGCACUCAGUGUUCGCACAGACACCGAAGAUGGCUGUGACCUGUGUUUGGCUGGCCAGUCAUAGCCUGGUGUCCUCUGGUUGCUGCUGGUAAAUUAACUUAGUCUGUGCAGCUUGUUUUUCCAGUGGCAUGAUUAACAAUGACUGGUUUAUACGCUCAUUACUAAAUCUUAUGAGAAGGCUUUUCUAUACUAGUCCUGACACAGCUCAGGGUGCCAUUUAUGGGUUUUGUGAUUAGCAUAGCUUGUGCAAAGAGAAAUGCCUCAGAGUGUUCCUCAGGGAUGUGCUUUAGUAUCUGUUUCCAUUUGGGUUUUGACUACAUUCAGCUAAUACUAUGAAGAUAAUUUCUGUCUUCGUCUUCAUAAUUUGAAACAAAAUUGAUUGUGUGUUAUAUGGUCCUUAACGUGGUAACACUCUACUGGCCAAGGCCAAAAGCUGAGUAAUUUAUAGUGGCAGCAAAUGAAAGGCAGUAAACAAAUUUAGUUUAUUCUGUCCUUAUGUCUUGUACCUUUAGGAAAUUAGGCUGUGCAUCUGUUCUCACUGGUUGUCAGAUGUCAGAAAAUCUACCUGGGAGGUUUCUCUUGAGGGACAAAUCUUUAGGAGGCCACAGGUCAUGAAACUGGUCACAGGUCUCUUACUAAUGGAAAAUUGUUUGUGUAACAAUUCUCUGCAAAAGUCUUGCCCAUGGUAGUUGCAGCUGUUAUGAUUUCAGCUGUGUAGAUAAUGCUGUAGGGCAAUUUCUCCCUUUGUGCAGGUUGCUGAAGAGCUACAGGAGGACAGAAACCCCAUCUGUUUUAACAGAAAUGUUUGAGCUUUAGGAUACAAACAUACAUAAAUGUGGAAUUAUGUUCCAAGCACAAACUUGAUUUUGAGUUUGCUGGGAUCUGCAGUAAUACAGUUCUGUUAUUUUGUGGGUUUUGUUUAUUUUUAGGAGUACCAGAAGAUGCUUCAGUGGUGAUACCUCUUUCACAAUGCAAGUUAUGAAUGAAAUUCAUUAACUAACAUCCCUUCCUCACCCUGAUCUCCAAUAGACUUCCUGUAACACUUGGAAGAAAGGGUCAGGGGAGAAGGGUCACCAUGAAGCUAAAGCAGCGAGUUGUGCUGCUGGCCAUCCUCCUUGUCAUCUUCAUUUUCACAAAAGUUUUCCUCAUUGACAACUUGGACACCUCAGCUGCCAACCGGGAAGACCAGCGCGCCUUUCACCGUAUGAUGGCAAGCCUCCAUGUAGAACUGGACCCCCGACUUGACCAUACGUUGCAGUCCCCUUGGGAGAUUGCAGCCCAGUGGGUGGUGCCCCGGGAGGUGUAUCCUGAAGACACACCUGAGCUUGGGGCUGUUAUGCAUGCCAUGACAACCAAGAAAAUAAUAAAAGCUGAUGUGGGAUACAAAGGGACCCAACUGAAAGCUUUGCUAAUCCUUGAAGGAGGACAGAAGGUUGUCUUCAAACCCAAGAGAUAUGCCAGGGAUUAUGUAGUGGAAGGAGAACCGUAUGCUGGCUAUGACAGACACAAUGCAGAAGUGGCAGCUUUUCACUUGGACAGAAUUCUGGGUUUUCGACGAGCUCCGCUGGUGGUUGGCAGGUUUGUGAACUUACGUACAGAGAUCAAACCAGUAGCCACAGAGCAGCUUCUGGGUACCUUCAUGACUGUGGGUAAUAACACUUGCUUCUAUGGGAAGUGCUACUAUUGUCGGGAAACAGAACCAGCUUGUGCAGAUGGUGACAUCAUGGAGGGGUCAGUGACCCUGUGGCUUCCAGAUGUCUGGCCUCUUCAGAAACAUCGGCACCCAUGGGGCAGGACUUACCGUGAAGGCAAACUUGCCAGGUGGGAGUAUGAUGAAAGCUAUUGUGAUGCUGUGAAGAAGACUUCACCAUAUGACUCGGGCCCUCGUCUCCUUGAUAUCAUUGACACUGCUAUCUUUGACUAUUUGAUUGGGAAUGCUGACAGGCAUCACUAUGAGAGUUUUCAGGAUGAUGAAGGAGCCAGUAUGCUCAUCCUCUUGGAUAAUGCCAAAAGCUUUGGAAAUCCUGCCCUGGAUGAAAGAAGCAUCUUGGCUCCUCUUUAUCAGUGCUGCAUCAUCCGGGUUUCUACCUGGAACAGACUUAAUUACCUGAAAAAUGGAGCAUUGAAGUCUGCCUUAAAAACUGCUAUGUCGCAUGACCCCAUCUCACCAGUGCUUUCUGACCCUCAUCUGGAUGCCCUAGACCAGCGGCUUCUCAGCAUUCUGGCUACAGUGAAGCAGUGCACAGACCAGUUUGGGCCAGAUGUUGUGCUGGUGGAAGACAGGAUGACUCUGUCUCAUUUGUAAUUGUAGUGGAACACAGAUGAAACUCCUUUUUUUACAAACAAACGGAAAAGUGAUAGAAAAACAGCACAAUCAGUUCAGAAAGGCUGCGGCCAAGAUGGACUGAAAUGAACAGGAAAGCUUCCUAGACAGAGAAACAGAGGUGACACUAGCUUUUACCUUGGGCUGACAGCAGUGAGAGGUGGGAAGUUGGAGCCUUGGAUAGCUCAGUACUUGUAAUGGCAUGUCGGUCAUUGUGGUGUGUGUCCAUUGCCGGCAGUGGGCAUUGCACUGGCUAAAAGUGGCGCUUGAUGUUGGUGGAAGUGUGUGGAAUACAGACACUAAUUUGUAGACCGAAUCUAGAGGGAACAAAUGGAGAUGAACAGUACGAUCCUCUGCCCUUCUCUUCCCCACAUAUACUCUUGCGAGUUUUUGUCUGAUUCAGGGUUGUACGUAAUCAGCUGUGAGCUGGUUAGGCAUUUUACUGCUUCUUUAGAGAAAGAGGAAGUGGUGAAUAAAUUAUUAGACUGAAGAGUUGUGCCACCCCGCCACUGGGGAUGGGAUGUUCUUCUGAAUGCCAUCAGGGGUGGGAGAGGGGAUCUCUGCUGCUCAGUUGUCUUUUCCUUGGUAAAAGGCUGAGAAAGAGGUUUGCCUCAUGUGAUAAUGCUUCGGUGCUUUUGCUGAAGUCCUAUCAAAGAUUUAUCCACAGGGAUGGAGAUAGAGGGGAGGACAGGGUGGUUAUACAGCACUUGGUAAUUAAGGGGUUAUAGUAAGUUUUCAUGUGUCCUGUCACUGUUCUCCAUUUUUAUGGAAUCUGGCAAGGUCUGGGUAGAGAAAAUAUCAUUGCAGUCCUGUGCCCAUAUUAACCAAAUUUUCAUUAUAUUGUAGCAAAGAAGGAUGACGGAUUCUGUCCUCGGAAGCAGGUUCUAUUUAGUGAGGUCAUGCUGCUUUUACUGUAGGCCCUAUUUAAUGUGGGGAGUCUGUGUGUGUUGUACUGGAGAAGGAGAGGUGUACUGCUAAACUUCCCCAGUAACCAACAGCCAUGGGCAAGGCCCUGAAGAGUGGAGAGAACCAUGAGCCAUGGUCUUCAUAUGGAGAGAGCUUCCUCCUGCUUGAUGUUAUAACCACAGCUCAGUGCUGCUGUUGUGUGGAACACCAGCAGUUUUUCAGUCUCACUGUUUAGCUGGUCUGGCUUGUGGCUAAGCUCUGAAGCUGUGAGCACUUCCAGAAAGUUUUCUGCCUUCCUGCAACUACUACUGCAAUGUUCUGACUGGGGUAGUCACCCCCAGGUCCUCGCUCCUAAUGACUCUGCCCUAGAUAGGGAGAGAGAGCUAGUGUAAUUUGGCUUUUGGGGCAGACUUGUAGCUCUCAUCUAGUGCUAGUGCUGUCAUCUUUCAGCACUGUGUCAGCUUGCACUGUGGAUAAGCUUGUGGGUGCAAAACCUGUCACACAUGUGGUAGGUCUGAAUCUGUCUCUCCAGAAGGGAAUCAGUUUUAUCAUUACACUCCCAAAUUUAACAGCUUUGCAUCAGUUUUCAGUUUAUACAGUGUGGUCCUUAGAAGUAAGGAAAGAGCUCACUUCCCAAAGUGAUUAUGUAUUAUUGGACUUGGGAGCAAGAGCAGCAAAAUGUCAGUUUAAGAAUUUUUCCUUGAUUUGCCUGUCAAAACCUUUCUAACUCUGUGGUAGUUUCUGGGGCAGAUAAAGAGCUGUUUCUGUUCUUGCACCUGCUGCUGUACCUGAUCAAAGAAGUAUAAGUGAGUUUAUUUUUUAAAUGCAGUUUUAUUUUGUUGGAGUCUUUCUGUCAUUGCAUGAGCAGAGUAUCUUGAAAGUAGAAUGCAAUUGUUAAACUGAAUUUUAUUUUCUUCUAGAACUGUUCUGGACUUGGCCAUAUCGCACACGCACCUGAGAGCCGGGAUGGGAUCUGGAGUUAUUUGUGUUACCAGUCAGGACUGUAAUGCACAGACAGCUUUUAGGACACUGGUGUUAAGCUAGUGCCUGUUUAUUGUUGUACUUAAUAACAUAACGUGCUUUGGAAGCCAUGGUCCUUCAGUGAGGACCUACCAGUGUGGAUUGUGCCUUGCAGUUUUCCUUAGGGCAGAAGUGAGCAUGCCUAGCUGAUGGUGAGUGUGGGCAGGAGCCAUGCAGAGAUUGUCCUGGGCCCUCGCUGGCUUAGCUGGCCUGUCACUUCACUGCCCAUUAGAUUUCAGUGGUUGAGUGAGACAUUUGUGGGAAGGACUGUGGGCAGCAGUGAGGUGGUUAGUGAAUGCUUUUAUUCUAAAGCAGAACAGGUUCAUACUGAGGCAUUUUGGCAUAAAGUCUUUCCCAGGAAAUUUAAGUUGAUUUACAUAAAGAGUAGAUGGUGAAGCACAUGGUAAUGGCUUGUAGCAUUAUUAAAAGUAUGUUCUUCUCUUUGAGCUUAAUCAUGAGCACUUAAUAUUUUGGAAAAGAUCUACCAAAAUUCGAUGUUUUGAUUUCUGUGUGAUCACUCUUGAUCGUUUACAUUUGAUUUAAUAAUGGAUUCCAAAAAAAGUCUUUCUGUCUUUAUGAAAUUAAAUUGGUGUUCAGGACUUACGUAUUGUUUCUUCACAGGGCUCUAAGCUGAAGCUAUUGCUGUUAGAUGGAACCUGGGGAUAAGUUUAUCCCCAGUAUGAAUGUCAAAGAUUUAAAGCAGUGUGUUGGUUUACUUGAACAAAGGGCGUGAAGUCCGGCAUCAUCAGUAGGAGGAAGCAAGAAAUGGUUGCUUUUUUGCUUUUUUUCUUUUUUUUUGUCAUAUUGAUGCUUCUGGCCCCUGUAAACACCACUGGAGAAUGGUGUUCUGAAGCAGGAAAAAAGAAUAAAUUCCUCUCUUACCCAGAAUCAGGAAGAUCUGAUUUUAGCCUUGUGAUAAUCUCUGGCAUUUUGGCAGUGAUUUGUUCAAAUACAGAACCCUGAGAAAUAAGCAGCAGCAUCCACAUGUGAAAAGGGUCUGCUUGAAUCUCUGAAAAAGUGUCAUUUGUGAGGCAGGUGCUAUGCUCUGUUGAUGAGGUUUUCAUGACACCUUCUAAUUCUUGUUCACUGUGCACACUGUCAUCUGCUGGCUCCAGAUGUUACAAAACGAUUGUGUUGUGGAUAUUAGUAAUAUAGGAGCGCUUGAAGCACAGAAAUCAAGAACUAAUUAAAAAGAGAGCAUCAUCAGCCAUCUGCUAUUUAUCUCCUCCUUACGAAGUCAGCAGUCAGGCUGGAGGAGACACGGAAGCCUGCUCCUCUUCCAGCAGCUAAUGAACUGGAGUGUGUCAUGCCAAACAAACUUCAACUGAAAAAAUACUAAUUUAUUAAGAAGGUAAUUUAUUUGCUGUGGCGGCUGGAGCAAGAUGCUCAAAACAGACACCCCUCUUGGAGCUGUCAGAGGAUUGCCCCUGGGAGCAGCUGCAGAAAUGGAGGUUGCUAAUAAGAAAACAGAAUGCAAUCGUGACUUUCUACUUGUAUCCCCCAGGGUCAGAUUCCACAUAAAGCGACAUUGUGUGAAUAAAGAUUUUAAUAAAGCAA